AGUUUUUUCAUAUUAGUGUUAAUACUACGCUAAGAAAUCGAAUAUACAUUCCACUUGAAAUAGAAAAAGUUACCAUUCUUUCAUUACUUUUCAUUUCUUUGAUUAUUUUUGAUAUUACUUAAAGAACAAAGAAUUUCAUUGUAUUCAUGUGACUUUAGAAAUCCUUUAUUACCUUUUUAACUAAUUUAGUUGUAUUUCAAAUAUCGAUUCAUCUAAGAACAAUAGAACUGUUAAUUAUAUAAUUGUCUAUUAUAUCUUUAAUCAUAGAUUUGGCCAGAUAUUCGUAUGGUGGAUUUAUUCGUGGUCCAGAUUCAACAAGAAUCUCUGCGUUUAGAUGACCCAGAGAUUAUGAAUUCUGUUCAAUCGGAAAUUAACAGUGUUUCUGAAAUAAAUUCUCUCUUCUCGUUUGCUUAUUACAUGAAAGCGCCUUCUAUAUUGCGCAUGAUGCAUCAUGCUCUGGGUAAUGAAAUUUUUCAGAAGGGCAUUAUUACAUAUUUAAAAAGACAGUGAGUACAUAUCGUGACUUCUAUUUUUCUUUCUGUUUCUAUCUUCUCUUUCUUUUUAAAUUAAUAGUUUCUUUCCUUUUUGAUUCGAUGAUAUACAGACACAUCAGGUACAGGUAAUAAUAAUAGUAAUUUUAUAUUUUUAUUGUAAAAAGAUUUA